GCCGGCACAGCCUGGAGAGAUCCAGAGCACGGGAUCCCACGGCCUCCUCUCCUGCAAGACAGACAACACAAAACAAAACAAAACCACGGGAGUCGCUGCACUGUAGGUGGACUCGUGGUGAUUGGGUCCAGUGCUGUCCAGCAGCGACCCCUCCCCCCCGGCCGCUGCAAUAGCGUAUAAAGGCAGGCAGGGCAGCGGAGCGGGCAGCCGGGCCGCUGGAGAUGACAGGGGGACCAGGGGGAACAACAUGGGGGCUGUGGGAGUGGCCAUCUUCAUUCUGCUGCUGCUGACAGUGGGAGAAGCUAAUGACACUGAUGUUCAGGUGUGGACUUGUGGCUACAGAGGACUCUGCAGGAAGUACUGCUAUGCCCAGGAGUAUAUGGUGGGCUACCACGGCUGUCCACGCAGAUAUAGAUGCUGUGCUUUGCGUUUCUAACGGAGGCUGACGACGUGAUGUUCCACUCGAGGCCCCAUCUCUCCGCUCUGAGUGUGAUCUGAGCCGAGUGCCGUGUUUUCAUUGGUCGUGUCGAAGGGACCCCGGUCUUCACUUCCUUGCUUUGAGAGUUCAGAUUCUGGGGCCGAUAUUAUCUCAACAAGUGGCUUCUGCUCACCGAGUAUGUCACUGUCAUCACCGCUAUCGGAUACGGUUGUUGUUGUUGUUGACGUGUAUUCCUGACUAUACUACCAAUAAAAAGAGUGACUAUAAGUAA